GAGCAUGCCCCAUCAACUUUCUCACCUGCUUAGUCGUUAUGCCGACUAAGCAGUUAAAUUCAAAUCAUGCUUUUUUUAACACUUGUUUAUUUGGUUGAACCUGGGGUAUCUUUUGUUCUCUAAACAACUUUGCUUGACAAACAACUGAGAGAAAGCCAACACAAUUCAACAACAACAACAAUCCUAAUGGCUUUUUUUGACAUCCCCUGUCUUCAUUUGAGAAAGAAUCAAAUUCUCAAUCAAAAAGAAUCUACUACAUCUUGCUCUUCCUUGCCUAUCACAUUACAACCCACAUCUCUUGCAAUGGUAAUGGUUUCUGAGGACCCUACCGCGACUAAUUUUGCCAGUGCCAUAUCUCCACAUGAAGAUAUACACCAAGCAAAGGCGACAGACAAGAAGGAAAUUCUCUCAACAGAGCAAGAAUAUGCGUCAUCCUGUCUCCAACUAGACUUUCUCACGCGCUUGAUUGAACCCAUCAAACUCAAGAAAGAGCUUCAAACCCUCUCUCCUCCGCUACUUGACGUCGGCGCACUAUUGAUUCAGCCUGUUGGAAGUGCUAAAAAAGACUCAGAGUCUGAUAACGAAAGUCAAGUCGCGCGCCCUGCCAAUUUCGCUACACUCACCCCCCUUCUUAAAACACCAAGAAUCAGGGACGUUCUCUGCGAAGGCCAGCAUUACCAUUAUUACGGAAUCACUUCCCCAGAAGUUAUUGCAGCGGAAGCUACAAAGUUUAUAUCUGACAACAGCAGGGUUUUUAAAUGGUCUGUGGAGAAAACACUUGCCAAGUUCCUUGCACUCACUAUCCAAGACUCUAAGAGUGGCUGUCAUGUCAAUCCCGAAGCUGUAUGGUUUGUGGUAAGAAUGACGCGGAAGUCAGAAGAAUUCGUUAUCCCUCGCUGGCACAGAGACGGUCGCAUGAUAGAAUGUACCGACACAGCUCACGCCUUGCAUUGCAGGUAUGCGACUACUUUGGCGGGACCUAUAACUCUCGUUCUUGAAGAAACAGAGGUGGUCACACAGGCAAUGAAACGACACGUCGGAAAGAGAAAGGAGACGGCCAACGCGCUUGCGGCAGAAAAACCUCUCGAAAUCCCUCGUGGUCAAAUCAUUCGCUUUUCCUGGGGUCAAGAAGACAGUCCUGUCCAUUCGGAACCAGAUCUUGUCGCCGAAAGAGUGUUCAUUUCCUGUAUCUACGGAAGUAUAAGCGAAAUUAAAGACAUCACCGCCACUCGCAGACAAAAGAUUGGUGAUCUCCAGGCGCAAUUUAGGACUGAGUAAACCCAGACGUGUGGAGAUCGUCUCGUGCAUAUUAUGCAAAAUCUUUGUUUAGCUGCAUCAUAGAAUUGCGGUAUGGGUGGCUGUUAAGUUGAUGCGCAUUCUGGUAAGAUUCAUCUGUAGUGUACCAUUCUGACAGGAGAGCUAAUAAAGUUAGGAAUCUGCAGGAACUCUCGCAGAGUUUGGCCAGUAUUAGCUCGCCUAGCGGGAGAACUGCAAUGGAAGACACUAUACUGGUGUUUGGGUUGGAGUUCUGAUCUUUGAAUUAUAUGAUGGAUGCCCUCUUCUUCUUCUUUUGACGGUUAUGAUACUGAAUAUGAUGAUAUUUGGAUGGCCGGAUGGAUAAUUGGAUUAGCGUGAGUGGCUAGGUAGUCGAACGGAUGAGAAACUUGGUUGACUGCAGACGGAAUGAAUGGAGUGCCAAUUGAUAAGUGGUAGAGGUAACAAGUAGCAUCUAGACAGGCUAGGUCAAUAGCAAUGUUAAUAUUGAGGGCCUUUGGUAUCUCUAAGGACACUCGACUUUCAGAUUGUGUUGACAGCCUGAUAUUUAUCUACUUAGACAGGUAUCUUCGAGUAUAAUAACUUGAAACAUCAUCA